UGGCGGCCGCAAGGCUCAGUCCGGCCGCGCAGCGGGAGGGAGGCGCGAGGCCAGAGCCCACGGCUGGGCUCCGCAGCGCACCGAGCACAGCGCGGUGCCCGGGACCCGGCCCCAUGUCCGCAGCCCCGCCGGACCGCCUUUGAGCGCGGGGCCCCCGGCCCGCGCGCCCCCAGCCCGUCGGCACCAUUGCCCCGACGGCGCGGCCCGGCGGCCCGGCGCUGCCCAGGCUCCGCGCCGGCCGGAAGACGCUGCUGGCGGCCGCGGCGGGCGUGGUGAUGCUGCUGGUGCUGGUGGUGCUGAUCCCCGUGCUGGUGAGCUCGGGCGGUCCAGACGGCCACUAUGAGAUGCUGGGCACCUGCCGCAUGGUGUGCGACCCGUACCCCGCGAGGGGCCCCGGCGCCGGCGCGCGACCCGACGGUGGCGACGCCUUGAGCGAGCAGAGCGGCGCGCCUCCGCCCUCCACGCUGGUGCAGGGCCCCCAGGGGAAACCGGGUCGCCCCGGCAAGCCAGGACCCCCAGGGCCUCCCGGGGACCCAGGCCCUCCCGGUCCUGUGGGGCCUCCCGGGGAAAGGGGUGAACCAGGCAAGCCAGGCCUCCCCGGGCUGCCCGGCACGGGGGGCAGCGGCGCCAUCAGCACAGCCACCUACACCACGGUGCCGCGUGUGGCCUUCUACGCCGGCCUCAAGAAUCCUCAUGAGGGUUACGAAGUGCUCAAGUUUGACGAUGUGGUCACCAACCUAGGCAACAACUACGAUGCAGCCAGCGGCAAGUUUACUUGCAACAUUCCCGGCACCUACUUUUUCACCUACCACGUCCUCAUGCGCGGCGGCGAUGGCACCAGCAUGUGGGCAGACCUCUGCAAGAACGGUCAGGUGCGGGCUAGCGCCAUCGCCCAGGACGCGGACCAGAACUACGACUACGCCAGCAACAGCGUGAUCCUGCACCUGGACGUGGGCGACGAGGUCUUCAUCAAGCUCGAUGGCGGCAAAGCGCAUGGUGGCAACAGCAACAAAUACAGCACCUUCUCUGGCUUCAUUAUCUACUCCGACUGAGCGCCUGCGCCUCCCCGCCUUCCCCUGCCACGCCCCUGGCCCGCUCUUACCACCGCGGGACCUCUGCUAGGCGCUCUGACCCGCCG